UCCUGUCAUGCAACAUGCACUGAUGCCGAUCUGUCAAAGUUUUGUUUACCAAAUUCCUGCUUUGGUGUAAAAAGUUUAAAAAGUUAUUUAUCUUUGCAAAAUGUUCACUAUACGAAAGUUGAGAAUAUCAAAAUAUUUUCUUCCCUCCAACUCUCUAUUAAAACACCUCUCAAGGAACGUAGAUUAUUUACAUCAAAUUGAUGUUAAUUCCACAGCGAAAUGUGAUGCAACACUCCAAAAUGAAUUGGAUAGUUCGGAGAAAAAUUGUAUUAUUAGAAAACACCACAAUAAUGUUCCUACCAUCCGGUCAAUUUUAGAAAACCUUAAUACUCCUCAUUUGAAUCAGUCAGAAAUUCAAAAUUUACAAAGAUCCCUCCAACAAGAAUUGCAUAAGCUACCGAACAAAACUCAUCCCAGAUUACUGGACUAUGGUGAUGAUCCCCGAGAACUUGCCAGAUACAACAAAGAAACUGAAUUUAAAUUCAAACCAAAAGAAUUUUCAGAACUGGCAUCGAAAGCUAAUUUACUUCGCAUGGAUCAUUUGGGAAAUUUUACCGGCCACAAGAGCUACUAUCUAAUGGGAGGUGCUGCCGAAAUGGAACACGCUCUCACACAAUACUUUCUGACAAAACUCAAGUCGGUGGGGUUUCGGUUGAUCUCUGUGCCAGAUAUAUUGCCCAAGGAGGUGAUUGAGGGAUGUGGAAUGCAAACGUCUGGGGAGAGAACGCAAGUCUACAAAUUGAACUCUGGAAAAUGCCUUUCAGGAACAUCUGAAAUGGCGCUGGCUGGCUAUUUUUCCAAUAAAAUAUUUGACGAGGAGGAACUCCCUUUGAGAGUAACAUCAGUUAGCAGAUGUUAUCGUGCUGAAACAUCCGGUUUACAUGAAGAGAAAGGCAUGUACAGGGUACAUCAGUUCACAAAAGUCGAAAUGUUCUCGGUGUGUGCUGAGGAACAAUCCGAAGAAAUGCUGGAAUCUUUUAAAAAUAUCGAAAUUAGCUUAUUCGACAAACUUGGCAUUCAUUUUAAACUUUUGGAUAUGCCCCCAUCUGAACUUGGUGCGCCGGCAUAUCAAAAAUACGACAUAGAAUCAUGGAUGCCUGGCAGGCAAAUGUGGGGAGAAAUUUCGAGUUGCAGUAAUUGCACAGACUAUCAAGCAAAACGUCUCAAUAUACGCUAUCGAACAAAUAACAACGAAGUAAAAUUUGCACAUACUGUAAAUGGAACGGCUGGUGCUAUACCUCGACUUUUGAUAACUUUAUUUGAAAAUAAUCAAUUGGAGGGCGGAUCAAUAAGAGUGCCAAAUGAAUUACAAAAGUAUAUGAAUAAUUUGGAAGAAAUAAAGAGGGAAAAACGACUGCCAGAGCUUAAGUUAGUCAAGCACAUAAAAUCGGCAAAGUAGGAAAAAAUAAAGAUUUUAUAUUAACAAAAAAAAACUAUUUUUGUAUAAACUGUGUAUUUAAAUUUGAAGAAUUCGAUUUUGGCAGGUAUUUUCUAGGUGAAAUAAAAAAACUCAGCGUUCUUCUAAUUUUA